UAAGGAAAAGUUUGGAGGCGAAGGAAGCUAGCACACGGCGUCGUGUAAGUUCAAAAUUUCAACAAUUUUUCUAAAAUAUCUCCGCUUUGGUUGAGCGUUGGGCCCCUCUUUCUCUCUCUCCACCUCCUUUCCUUAUUGAUUACAUUGAUUAGGUUCAGUUUCUUCAUCAUAAUCUCGCCACUUUUCUCCGGAUUUCAACUCGAUCAAACGCAGAGCUUCUACACUUUCCUUUCAUCAAAUUCAAUAUCUCUAUAUUCUUUAAUCCGGUGCUGAAAAGGGUUUUCGUUUUGAUCUUCAUCUCCAUGUCGAUGCUUAAUUCCUUCUUCAACAAGGGCUUCAAGGCUGCACAAUGUAAAACACUGCUUAAAUUGACAAUUCCACGAAUAAAGCUGUUGAGGAAUCGAAGAGAGAUCCAGCUUAAGCAGAUGCGCCGAGACAUAGCUAAGCUUCUCGAAACAGGACAAGAAGCUACUGCUCGCAUUCGGGUUGAGCAUAUAAUCAGAGAAGAGAAUAUGAUGGCCGCUCAGGAAAUUCUUGAACUAUUCUGUGAGCUUAUUGUUGUUCGCCUUCCAAUUAUUGAAACACAAAGGGAAUGCCCUCUAGAUUUGAAAGAAGCGAUCUCAAGUGUGUGUUUUGCUGCUCCAAGGUGUGCUGAUCUUACAGAGCUUAUCCAGGUUCAGAUGCUUUUUGGUGCUAAAUAUGGGAAGGAAUUUGUAUCAGCUGCAACUGAGCUCAUGCCUAACUGUGGUGUUAAUCGUCAGUUGAUAGAGCUGCUUUCUGUUCGUGCUCCUUCACCUGAAAAGAAACUGAAGCUGUUGAAGGAAAUCGCUGAAGAGCAUGACUUAGAUUGGAAUCCUGCUGAAACUGAAGCAGAGUUUAACAAAUCUCCAGAAGAUUUGCUUAAUGGAUUCGUUGGCACAUCAAAAUUACCCCUUCCUCAAGAGAAACACAAUGAAACAUCCAAUACCACUACCGAUUUGGCUAGUGGACCCCAACCUGACUCUGAUUCUGAAUUGGACAUGUUAGACUUUCCUGAAGUUCCAAAGAUGUCGGUAUGUCCGCAGCCUACUAUAGAUGCUGGCUCUGCACCGUCAAUGAUCCUACCUCCAUCUGUGUCACCACAGCCUGAAACUGAUCGUGCUUCAUUUAAGUAUUCUGGUAUUCCUGAAUCACCACCACAAAAUUUACACUCGAGACAUGGGGAGGUGACUUUGGUGAGAUCUGUUUCACCCAGUAACGAUCAAAUGAAUGUUUCUGUUGGUGAAGAUAAACAGUUUUUGCCUUUUAUUACUCCUCCAUCUUUGUCACCUUCGUUCUCUCAUAGACAAACUGAUUUGUCGCCCCCCUCUGAUCCAACGACGCCUGAGGAGAAGUUUGAUAUCAAACCUCGGAUCACAGAAGAGAUAAAUUCACCACUACCCUCUGUUUCAAGGGCUUCUGAGGAGCAGUUUGGUUUCAAACCACGGUUCGAUUCAGAGAUAAAUUCAACACCAUCCUCUGUUUCGAGGACAAUGUGUGAGGUCAAUGCAGAUCUCAGUGUUGAUUUGCAGGACGUGCUGGCAGCUGCUCAAGCUGCUGCUGAAACUGCUGAACGUGCUGCUGCUGCAGCUCGUUCUGCAGCUAGUCUCGCCAAGGUUAGAAUUGACGAGCUCACAAAGAAAAAGAAUGAUAAGGACCCUGAAAUUAGUUGCGAAAAUCCAUUCCACGGAGCUACUGCAAGUCCGGCAGGUCAUACAGAAACAUACAAACUAAACCAACAAGAUUCUCUGGGACACCAUUCUAGUUCAAUGCCAUAUUAUUCACAAGAUUCUUCUCAAGAACAUCACAAAUUAAGCCGGGAUCCAGAAGUUUCUGAUCACAGCCAACUCGAGCCAGAAAAAUCAAGUUUCGAUUCCUCUCCUGGUAAUUCCCCAUCUGAACAUCAGACAGUAGCCCCUCAUCAGCCACAGAGGCUCCCGUCAAUGGACGACGACCCAUACUUUUCAUACCCAAAUUUAUUCACAUCACAGAAACCAAAUCCAGGAUUUGAUCAUUCAUCAGCUGGUGGUUCCUGAUCUGCUUGAGGUUUGAGUUAUAUGCAAAUGCGAUGCCUUUAAGGCUCAAGGUUUCCUGAAUUGAUAUUUUGUUCAGCUUUUAUAAUGAGUUUUCAAUAUCUCUUUUAGAGCUAUAGUAGCGAGCAUUCAAUGUACAAAACGUACAACAGUAAAGAUAUAAUGUACAACUAUUGGUUUCUUUUCA